AUCAGCAAUGACGGGAGAGGACGGGAAGAGCUUAUGUUUAUACAAAGAGCGCAAUAUUUUUUGACCUUAUUAAUUAUGUUUGGACGCUGGCGUCAACGUAACUGUGUUAUGGUUGCUUCAGUCACGUGGUUAAACUAGUCACGAGUCGAUUUAGCUGCUUUAAAUGGAGCGUAAACUCCACCCACCCUAGCAACUUUUUAAGCCGGAUUACAAAUAGUGUGUAGCCACUCUUCCAGGUUAGUGCGAAGCUGCUCGGGCUUCUCCGUUCAAUGGGCAAACCUGUCCCCGUGUUAAACAUUUACCUGCACAAAUAAACAACAAGCCACUCCGUUUGGGUUUCCUUCUCGUAUGUAUGUAUUUUAAAGACGUAGCUGUGUGAUUUAUUAGUCGUCAGCUGCAGCCAGUCAAUCAUGAUGGAGACGCACGGAAACUCGAACAAGAAACAGAAGCUGAGCAAUGCUACCGAGAGCUGGGGAAUGCAACGAGCAACUAAUGUGACCUACCAGGCUCAUCACGUGAGCCGAAACAAGCGGGGGCAGGUGGUGGGCACAAGAGGAGGAUUCAGGGGAUGCACCGUCUGGCUUACUGGUUUAUCCGGUGCGGGAAAGACCACAGUGAGCAUGGCCCUGGAGGAGUACCUUGUGUGCCACGGCAUCCCCUGCUACACGCUGGACGGGGACAAUAUCCGUCAGGGGCUGAACAAAAACCUGGGUUUCAGCCCCGAGGACCGCGAAGAGAACAUCAGGCGCAUCGCUGAGGUGGCCCGGCUUUUUGCUGAUGCAGGGCUGGUCUGCAUUGCCAGCUUUAUUUCGCCCUACAGCAGGGAUCGCCUGAAUGCCCGGAAGAUUCACGAGGCAGCUGGAUUGCCGUUCUUCGAGGUUUUUGUGGAUGCCCCGCUGGACGUGUGUGAGCAGAGGGAUGUGAAGGGGCUGUACAAGAGAGCCAGAGCAGGGGAGAUAAGAGGUUUCACAGGCAUCGACUCGGAGUACGAGAAGCCGGAGGCUCCGGAGCUGGUGCUGAAGACCGACUCCUGCAGCGUGAACGAGUGCAUACAGCAGCUCAUCGACCUGCUUCAGGAGCGGGAUAUAGUUCCUGUCGAUGCGUCGUAUGAAGUGAAGGAGCUGUACGUUCAGGAGAAUAAACUGGACCUGGCCAAGGCUGAUGCAGAAACUCUUCCUGCUGUUCAAAUCGGAAAGGUGGACAUGCAGUGGGUCCAGGUGCUGGCUGAAGGCUGGGCCACCCCUCUGAACGGCUUUAUGAGAGAGAGGGAGUAUCUGCAGUGUCUUCAUUUCGACUGUCUGCUGGAUGGUGGAGUGAUCAAUCUGUCGGUGCCUGUAGUGCUGCCGGUGUCAACUGCAGAUAAAGAGCAAUUGGACGGUGUGACGGUGCUGGCGCUGGUCUACGAGGGCAGACGAGUGGCCAUCCUCCGUAACCCAGAGUUUUAUGAGCACAGAAAAGAAGAACGCUGCGCUCGGCAGUGGGGCACCACCUGCAAAGACCACCCGUACAUCAAGAUGGUGAUGGAAAGUGGGGACUGGCUGGUUGGUGGCGACCUGCAGGUUCUGGACAGGAUCUACUGGAAUGAUGGUCUUGACCAGUACCGACUGACACCCACUGAGCUCAAACAGAAGUUUAAAGAAAUGAAUGCUGAUGCUGUGUUCGCCUUUCAGCUUCGUAAUCCAGUCCAUAACGGCCACGCUCUCCUGAUGCAGGACACCCACAAGCGUCUGACUGAGCGGGGUUACCGCCGGCCCGUCCUGCUGCUCCACCCAUUGGGGGGUUGGACCAAAGACGACGACGUGCCGCUGCACUGGAGAAUGAAGCAGCACGCUGCUGUGCUGGAGGAGGGCGUCCUGAACCAAGACUCAACCAUUGUCGCCAUUUUCCCCUCGCCCAUGAUGUACGCAGGGCCAACAGAGGUCCAGUGGCACUGCAGAGCACGAAUGGUGGCUGGUGCCAAUUUCUAUAUUGUUGGUCGAGAUCCCGCUGGUAUGCCCCACCCCGAGACAGGAAAGGACCUCUACGAGCCCUCUCAUGGAGCCAAAGUCCUCACCAUGGCUCCAGGCCUCAUCACCCUGGAGAUCGUCCCCUUUAAGGUUGCUGCUUACAACAAGGUUAAAAGUGCAAUGGACUUUUAUGAGCCUAAGAACCAUCAAGAUUAUGAUUUCAUCUCAGGCACACGCAUGCGUAAGAUGGCUCGUGAGGGACAGAACCCCCCUGACGGCUUCAUGGCUCCAAAAGCCUGGGCGGUUCUGAAGGAGUACUAUAAGUCUCUGGAGAAGGCCUGAAGGUGGAGUCUCAGAUUAAACAGAACCCUCUCGGGAAUCCGGUGGUUCUGUCAUGACGUGAGAAAUGUGGGGACCACUCACUUUUACCUAAAACUUACUUUGGCUUUUUAUGUUGUUGUUUUUUUCAAAGCUGAACUGUCGAUCAGGAAACUGGCCUCAGUAGCUUUUAGUCUCAUCACGUUUGUCUUUUAGCAAUAUGUCCUUUUAUUUAACUAUAUUUACUCUGUCAUAGUGUAGUCAAUGUCAGUAAACUAACCUCAAAAAUGAUCAAAUUACUUUUUAUACAAAGCACACGUUUGUGGUUCUCACAAAUUUUAAGUGUAAAUACUGGUUACUGAUUGUUAAAGUAAAGCAUACAAAUCUAAAACAAUAAGACUUAUAUUGACCCAUAACUUUAAGUACUGUUGAGCAGUAUUUUGAGAGUGAAAGCUGAGUAUUUAUGUCCAAAUUGGGGAGAAAAUAAAAAUUGCACCUGCACAUCUGAACCCCAAAUGAGCUGUUUUCUGGAUUGUGUGUACGGUUCUUUAACACUUGGUGUGUACUGUUGUUUGUAGUAAAAGUCGAGUGCCUUGGAUUUCACUAAAUUAUUUCACACUAUGUCUUGUUAGAAACGGGAUGUACGCACGUGCUGUUUGCCCAACCUGAUGUACUGUUACACUGAAAUGCUUUAGCAGGUGAGAAAUAGUUACGGAAUUUAACUCUGACUUUCUUAAAUUACCUGGAAAACUUAUUUUUAAAGUCUAUUUAUAAAGUCCUAACAUUGCAAUGUCUGCCAUUUUAACCAUUUUGUGUCUUUAGUUGUGAAGCCAGGAUAUUUUGUUAUUUUGUUGCUCUUAUCAGAUUAGAGGGUUAUCCUAAUAAAUUCAAUCAAAUGCAACUGGACUUCUUUUUUGGUUUCUGAAAACAUUUUCCUCUCAAUUCAAACUGAAAAAUACAAAAUUCAUCAAAGUUUGAAUGGUUGGAAGCUUAAGAAAACUCCUCAAAUGAGAAGUAAAAUGUUAAAAACAUUGUUGCCUUCAGUUGAACUUACUAGGAUUACACUUUCAUCCUUUUUUUUAUUUCCAUACUUUGGUUACUAAUAUUUUCCACGUGGUCAUUUCUUUUUUUGAAAGUUUGGUUGUAUAAUGAGAUGAUUGAGGGUUACCAAGGGAUCAAUCCUUUUGUAAUCUUCCUUGUCCAAUAAACCAUUUUUAGCAAAGAA